UGGUGGCUGAUCAGUGGCAGAGCUGCUGCAAGCACAGGAAAAUAAAUCUAAAGAGCAAGACUAAUCAGCUUGCAUCUUGUUUUCUUUUUCCGGCACUCUUACUAUCCUUUCUGUUGCUCCCACACCAAGACACAAUGCGCCUGCUCAGCUUGAAAGGUUUGCGACUCUUGCGUCGAGCAACAGACUGCACGCCUCGUCUCGUUGGUGCUUCGCUCUCUCUUCCGUCGAGAAAGAUCAAUCGUCUCCCCCGCACAACUACCGCAUACUUUGGAGCUCCUUUCCACUCCCACAACGCCCGGACUGACGCACACAGGAGCAAUACCAAGGGCCUGAUCCACGAAAAUGAUACAACGCAACAAUCCGCAGAGCAAGACCGAGAAUCAGACACGAUAGACCAAGGAGAGGAGAAAGGGGCCAAAAUACCAGCUUGGCAGCGUGAAAGAAUCGAGAUCUACUUUAGCGAUCUACGGUUUGAACGAUAUUGGGUCUCGGCGGCACUGACGAGCAGACAGACCGAGGCGGUGAGGAGCUUUCUCCUGCACGAGACCAACGACGCAGUAAAGACGGCCGAGGCUAUGGCGUCGGAGGUGCAGGGUCUCGAAGACGAAGACGGCUACUUCGACGCGGUCGCCAACGCCUGGGUUACCGUCACUGCAAUGGCUUUGGAUCUUCCAAACAGCCAGCCGCGAUUUGUGAAACUUGUAGACGCCAUGUACGGCUUGGGCGAAACCAUCAGUCCUUUCAAUGAAGACAAGGACCUGCCUGAAAUCGAAUGGGCAAAUGCAGGCCUAUUUUGCAUACAGCAAAGUCUCUUGAUGUUGGUCUAUUCCGGCCAACUCUAUCCAAGAAAUCUCUCCGAGGAGAACGAUUGGCUCAUCGAUCAGUCCAGAGGGGUCUUCGCGUGGGUGACAAACCUGUACCGUCUGUCCGAAUACGAUGAAAUUGACAGGGUUGCUAUAUUGUUAUGCCACCUGUUUGGGCGGUGUAUCCUGGCCACCUUUGACGACGAGACCGCCACGCUGGACAAGUAUCCGGCGUUUCUCGCGAAUGCUGCACGAUAUUUGGGGAAUGGAGGUGCACUACUCAUGGCUCGCCUGUGUAAACAAGGAAGGCCGUUGAUGGGUGACCCGCGGGAUAUGAUCACAAUUGAGCGGUGGCGGAGCUGGGAGUUAAAGUUGAGAGAGGUCCUGGAACGUGAACCUGAGGGUUGGAUUGUGAAGGAAAUUGAAUAUGGGUUGGAGGCGAUGGAUUGGGCGAUGAAGGAGUCAAUGGAAGAGGAUCAAGAACAUACCGAGGGUGAGAGUAAAGAGGGGAAUGAAAGCUGAGAUGUACGAAAGCCUUUGCGAAGUAUACGAUAAGUGUAUUAUUGUGUGUACUAUACAGAAAUCCAGUCUGCUGCCAAAAGAGCUAUAGUCAGCAGAAAGCUCGGGACCGAAACCAACGGAGCAAGACGGUGAAUGUCGCCGUUGACCACGGUCCAGACAAAUCGCCCAGCCCCCACAAGGGGCCAAGAAAUAGAGUGAGGGGUUUUUGGUGGAGACUUCAACGGCAAGUUUGCCAUUCAACAAGGGAUACAUAAUAG